AUGGAACAUUCUCGGUCCUAUGGCCGCCGCGGCCUCCAGAUGGGCAACAUCAUCGGUGACCCUUUUGCCCUCGCCACUCUCUCCGUCGGCAUGCUUGCCUGGUUCAUAUGCUUCGUCGCCUGCAUCGUAGGCCAGAUUCAGAGCGAGAGCUUCCCCAAGUUCUCCUGGUGGGCCGUCAUCUUCGCCCUCUUCAUCAAUGUUGGCGUCUUUGUCGUCGUCGCCUCCGACGCGGUCCAGACCUACCACGUCGCCCUCAGCAGCUACCUCGCUGCCGGCCUGGUGCUCUCCAGCUCCAGCGUCAACGCCCUCGUCUACUCCAACAUUGGCGCUCGCCAGGCCGCCGGCGCCGGUUUCAUCCUGCUCUCCAUGCUUGACAUUGUCUGGAUCUUUUACUUUGGCUCCACGCCCUCCUCCACGCCUCGUGCUUUCCUCGAUUCCUUUGCCCUCUCCAAGGAGUCCUCGACCAACAUGAACCGCCAGCCCAUGACUGCCUACGGCGGCACCGGCCGCCCCGAAACUUCCAACUCGGUCCAGCCGCCCCAGAUGUACACCUCGGCCCAGCUCAACGGCUUCGAAAACAGCAACCCUCUCGGCAACACCAUGACUGGCGCCCGAACCUCCAACUUUGGCACCAGCACCCCCCAACAGAGUCAGCAACCUGCCCAGGUUCCCCUGGCCAAGCCUGCCCAUGACGCCGAGGUCGUCCCUCCCACCGAGUACCCCUACAAGGCCAAGGCCAUCUACAGCUACGACGCCAAUCCCGACGAUGCCAACGAAAUCUCCUUUUCCAAGCACGAAAUCCUCGAAGUUUCCGACGUCAGUGGCCGCUGGUGGCAAGCCCGCAAAGAAAACGGCGAGACUGGUAUCGCCCCCAGCAACUACCUCAUUUUAUUAUAA